UUUUCAAACGAGUGGCAGCGUUAGCGGCGGCAGAAGACGUGAAAGGAGCAUCACAUCUAUUAUUUGUCAGGUUCAGCUUCAACCAGUAGUCCGACCAGUGGUUUCCUAAUGGAUUUAGACACUGGAACAUACGAACCAGGCUUCGUAGGGAUACGGUUUUGUCAGGAAUGUAACAACAUGUUAUAUCCUAAAGAAGACAAGGAGAACCGCAUCCUGCUUUAUGCGUGCAGGAACUGUGACUACCAACAAGAGGCAGACAACAGCUGCAUCUAUGUCAACAAGAUCACCCAUGAGGUUGAUGAGUUGACACAAAUCAUCGCUGAUGUAUCUCAGGAUCCAACACUACCAAGGACAGAGGACCACCCCUGUCCCAAAUGUGGUCACAAAGAGGCAGUAUUCUUCCAGUCUCACAGUAUGAAGGCUGAGGAUGCUAUGAGGCUGUACUAUGUCUGCACGGCCCCUCACUGUGGACACAGAUGGACAGAGUAAAGCCAGUGAUAAUGAAGAGGUCUAACAUUUACAUCUACGGUGUUGACAUUCACAAAAAAUAUCCCUGCUGAUGUUUGUAGACCCUGAAGUUAUUUUUGUAUGAUGACACUUGCAGCGAUUAGACAACAUCUUGUGAAUAUAAUGUAUUAAUAUUUUUUUUAACAGUUGUCGUUUUGUAAGUGUGUUGUGUUAGAUUAAAAGAAUACAUUGUUUAAA